AUGAUAAUGAAAGCUAAGAGGAGUCUUAGACAAGGGGACCCUAUUUCCCCUUUUCUCUUUAUGGCUAUGAUGGAGUACCUGCACAAAAGUAUGCAAAAGGUGAGCAAAAAUUCUGACUUCGAUUUCCAUGCAAAGUGUGAGAAGCUCAAGAUUAUUAAUAUAAGUUUUGCAGAUGAUUUGUUGUUGUUUGCAAGAGAGGAUAUAAAUUCUAUUGAGCUGCUUAUGAAGAAGAUGAAUGAGUUCUCUAGAGCCACAAGGUAUCUUGGGGUUCCUCUCACAAGUAAGAAGCUUUAUAUUCACCACUACAUGGGGUUGAUUGAUAGAAUUGUUUCGCGUGUUAAGAACUAG